AUGCAGGCGGGUGGAUGGGCUCCAUGUGCCUGCUCCAUGCCUCGCUCACCGAGUCGGUACUGGGCAGAUAUUUCUGACACUGUCAUCUCUGGGACAUUCCGGCAGUGGAAGGAGGGGACCACCAGAAGUGAGAUCUACUAUCCAGGAGACACCAUCGUGCACCAGGCGGGAGAGGCCACAUCAGUGCAGUGGAGCGCGGGCACCUGGAUGGUGGAGUACGGCCGGGGCUUCAUCCCCUCCACACUCGCCUUCGCCCUGGCUGACACCCUCUUCAGCACUCAGGACUUCGUCACCCUCUUCUACACCCUGCGUGUCUAUGCCAAGGGCCUACUCCUGGAAGCCAAUGCCUUCUUCAGCACCUUUGGAUGCUGAGCCAGUCUUGCCAGGGCACCCUGCCGAGCCCAGUUGGCUCCAUUCCUCCCAGCCUUUCUCUCUUCUUCCCCAAGCCCAGGUUCUAGCAGAGGCAGCAGGAGAUCCCCUGUGCCUUCCCCAAAUUUCUCUGUCCUUCCCCAUGGGCCAACGGGGUGCCAGGACAGAGGGAUCUUGGUGGUCACAGCAAUACAGACCACCAGUUCUCUUUACUACUUGCCUCUCCCUCUUUUCUACGGAGUCAUGUCCAGCUUUUCCAUCCCUCAGGGCUGGAGUGGCCUUGCAGUGUACAAACACCUCUGUGUGCUCUCAGCAUGCAACGGGAGAGGGGCUGGAGCUGGCUGUCCCCAGGCCCCACAAAAUUUCUGCAGCUCUUGAGACAUCAGGAGAAGGAUGCUGCCCUCAGGGCUGGGUGCACAGGGUGAGCCAGGCUAGAGCACUGACUGUAAAGGUCAGCCAGUAAGUCCCCCAUCUCCCUGGCAGCCUGCCGGGACUGCGGGCAGCGCAAAGCACUGUGUCCAGCUGGCAGCAUCUCCUGUGGCUCCAUCCCUGCUGAUGUAGGUUGGCGGCACACAGUGUCACCCUGGCACAGGGAUCUCAGGAUCUGUGCUGAGACCCCCUGGCAGUGGGGGAAUGCCCAGCUUCCGUGCUGGAAGUCCCUCUGGUCCCCUGUGUGUCACCUACCCCAGGGGAUGGGCCAGGGCUGGAAGAGGGUCCCUUUCCCACAGUCCCCUCCCUGCAGUCCUCCCCCAAGGGGGAAACCCACCGUCUGUCGCCUUAAUGGAAACCCUGUUCUGCAUGGCCUCUUGGCUAUGCACGUACCCAGUGUCCUCGAGUGGCCAAAUGUCUGUUUUACUAGCUCAGGAUGGGAUCUCGCCCUUCAAAAUGCUUCCCCUGGCUGUGAGAUCCCGUGGGGACAGCCACUCUGCUUGGCUCCCGGCAUGGGAUCCCGGCUGCCGACGGAGCGCUGCAAUGCCCCAGUGGAACCCAGCAGUGGACCCUGCUUGCAUCCCUGUGGCCAGACCCAUGUGGGCUCACUGCAUGGUGGAGGACUUUCACCUCCACGCUGCUGCCAAGCACGUGUGUGUCCCUGGCCACCCAGGCCUGUAGCAUGUUGCUCCUCCUCCUCCGUGGACUGUCCCUGUCUGCUGACCAGCAGCCCUGCACAUGGGCUACUUCUUAAUUUGCUACCUGAAUAGAGAUAACAGUAAUAAAGUUGUUCAUCCCACAU